AUGGUUCUGAGGAACAGCGGGCGGCGGCGCGCGGAGCCGGGCGCGGACGGGGAGCCCAGCCGGGACGGUGGUGCCCCCUCCAGGGACGAUGGCGCCCCCUCCUCCGUCUCUGCACUCAAGCGCCUGGAGCGCAGUCAGUGGACAGAUAAGAUGGAUCUGCGGUUUGGCUUUGAGAGGCUCAAGGAACCUGGGGAGAAGACUGGCUGGCUCAUCAACAUGCACCCUACUGAGGUUUUAGAUGAGGAUAAGCGUCUGGUCAGUGCCGUGGACUACUACUUUAUCCAAGACGAUGGGGGCAGAUUUAAGGUGGCCUUACCCUACAAGCCAUAUUUCUACAUUGCAACCAAAAAGGGCUGUGAGCGAGAAGUUUCAUCUUUUCUUUCCAAGAAGUUUCAGGGGAAAAUUGCUAAAGUAGAGACUGUCCCCAAAGAAGAUUUGGACUUGCCAAACCACUUGGUGGGUUUGAAGCGAAAUUACAUUAAGCUGUCCUUCCACACCGUGGAGGACCUUGUCAGAGUGAGGAAGGAGAUCUCCCCUGCUGUGAGGAAGAACCGGGAGCAGAGCCACAGUAGUGACUCCUACACGGCCAUGCUUUCCAGUGUUCUGCAAGGGGGCAGUGUGGCUCUUGAUGAGGAGGAAACCUCGAGGAGGAUGGCUGACCAGCUGGACAACGUUGUAGACAUGCGUGAGUACGACGUGCCUUACCACAUCCGCCUCUCCAUUGACCUGGAGAUCCACGUGGCUCAUUGGUACAACGUCAGAUAUCGAGGAAGCGCCUUGCCUGUGGAAAUUUCCCGUCGAGAUGACCUCGUAGAACGACCUGACCCUGUGGUUUUGGCAUUUGACAUUGAGACGACCAAGCUGCCCCUCAAAUUCCCUGAUCCCGAGACAGACCAGAUCAUGAUGAUUUCCUACAUGAUAGACGGCCAGGGCUACCUGAUCACUAACAGGGAGAUCGUGUCAGAAGACAUUGAAGAUUUUGAGUUCACCCCCAAGCCGGAAUAUGAAGGGCCUUUUUGUGUCUUUAAUGAGCCCGACGAGGUCCGUCUACUCCAGAGGUGGUUUGAGCAUGUCCAGGAGACCAAGCCCACCAUCAUGGUCACUUACAAUGGGGACUUCUUUGACUGGCCAUUCGUGGAGGCCAGGGCGGCGGCCCACGGUCUGAGUAUGCGCCAGGAGAUAGGCUUCCAGAAGGACAGCCAGGGCGAGUACAAGUCACCCCAGUGCAUCCACAUGGACUGUCUCAGGUGGGUGAAGAGAGAUAGCUACCUCCCCGUGGGCAGCCACAACCUCAAGGCGGCCGCCAAAGCCAAGCUGGGCUACGACCCCGUGGAGCUGGACCCCGAGGACAUGUGCCGGAUGGCCACCGAGCAGCCCCAGACUCUGGCCACGUACUCGGUGUCGGACGCUGUGGCCACGUACUACCUAUACAUGAAGUACGUGCACCCCUUCAUCUUCGCCCUGUGCACCAUCAUCCCCAUGGAGCCUGACGAGGUGCUGCGGAAGGGCUCUGGGACGCUGUGUGAGGCUCUGCUGAUGGUGCAGGCAUUCCACGCCAACAUCAUCUUCCCGAACAAGCAGGAGCAGGAGUUCAAUAAGCUGACGGAUGACGGCCACGUGCUGGACGCUGAGACCUACGUGGGGGGCCACGUGGAGGCCCUGGAGUCCGGCGUUUUCCGCAGCGACAUCCCCUGUCGCUUCAGGAUGAAUCCUGCCGCCUUUGAGUUCCUGCUGCAGCGGGUGGAGAAGACGUUGCAUCACGCCGUGGAGGAGGAGGAGAAGGUGCCCAUGCAGGAGGUCACCAACUUCCAAGAGGUGUGUGAUCAGAUUAAGUCGAAGCUCAUCUCCCUGAAAGAGGUUCCCAACCGAAUUGAAUGUCCCCUCAUCUACCACCUGGACGUGGGGGCCAUGUACCCCAACAUCAUCCUAACGAACCGCCUGCAGCCCUCCGCCAUGGUGGACGAGGCCACCUGUGCUGCCUGCGACUUCAACAGACCUGGAGCCAGCUGCCAGCGCAAGAUGGCCUGGCAGUGGAGGGGCGAGUUCAUGCCUGCCAGUCGCAGCGAGUACCAUCGGAUCCAGCACCAGCUAGAGUCAGAGAAGUUCCCGCCCUUGACCCCAGAGGGCCCGGCUCGGGCCUUUCACGAGCUGUCCCGUGAGGAGCAGGCCAAAUAUGAGAAGAGGCGGCUGGCAGAUUACUGCCGCAAAGCCUACAAGAAGGUGCAUGUGACCAAGGUGGAGCCGCGCCUCACCACCAUCUGCCAACGUGAGAACUCCUUCUACGUGGACACCGUGCGUGCCUUCCGGGACCGGCGCUACGAGUUCAAAGGCUUGCACAAGGUGUGGAAGAAGAAGCUGUCUGCAGCGGUGGAGGCGGGGGACGCGGCGGCGGCGAGGCGCUGUCGAAACAUGGAGGUGCUGUACGAUUCCCUGCAGCUGGCGCACAAGUGCAUCCUCAACUCCUUCUACGGCUACGUCAUGCGCAAGGGGGCCCGCUGGUACUCCAUGGAGAUGGCCGGCAUCGUCUGCUUUACGGGGGCCAACAUCAUCACCCAGGCGCGGGAGCUGAUUGAGCAGAUUGGGAGGCCCCUGGAGCUGGACACAGAUGGGAUUUGGUGCGUCCUGCCCAACAGCUUCCCUGAGAACUUUGUCAUUAAGACGACCAAUGCAAAAAAGCCCAAGGUGACCAUCUCGUACCCCGGGGCCAUGCUGAACAUCAUGGUCAAGGAAGGCUUCACCAACCAUCAGUACCAGGAGCUGGCCGAGCCUUCCUCGCUCACCUAUGUCACCCGCUCGGAGAACAGCAUCUUUUUUGAGGUAGAUGGACCUUACCUUGCCAUGAUCCUUCCGGCCUCCAAGGAGGAAGGCAAGAAACUGAAGAAGAGGUACGCUGUGUUCAACGAAGACGGCUCCCUGGCCGAGCUCAAGGGCUUCGAGGUCAAGCGCCGUGGGGAGCUGCAGCUGAUUAAGAUCUUCCAGUCCUCUGUGUUCGAGGCCUUCCUCAAGGGCAGUACGCUGGAGGAGGUGUACGGCGCUGUGGCCAAGGUGGCCGACUACUGGCUGGACGUGCUGUACAGUAAGGCGGCCAACAUGCCUGAUUCUGAGCUGUUCGAGCUGAUCUCCGAGAACCGCUCCAUGUCCCGGCGGCUGGAAGACUAUGGGGAACAGAAGUCCACAUCUAUCAGCACCGCCAAGCGGCUGGCCGAGUUCCUGGGGGACCAGAUGGUGAAGGACGCUGGGCUGAGCUGCCGCUACAUCAUCUCCCGGAAGCCAGAGGGCUCUCCUGUCACUGAGCGGGCCGUCCCCCUUGCCAUUUUCCAGGCAGAGCCCACAGUGAGGAAGCAUUUUCUCCGGAAGUGGCUCAAGAGUUCUUCCCUCCAGGACUUUGAUAUCCGGAACAUCCUGGACUGGGACUACUACAUUGAGCGGCUGGGGAGCGCCAUCCAGAAGAUCAUCACCAUCCCUGCUGCGCUGCAGCAGGUGAAGAACCCUGUGCCGCGUGUUAAGCACCCUGACUGGCUGCACAAAAAGCUGCUGGAGAAGAACGACAUCUGCAAACAGAAGAAGAUCAGUGAACUCUUUGUUCUUGAGGGCAGGAGACAGGUGGGUGUGGCCCGGCCUCCAGAAGGCACCCCAAGUCUGGACACCCCCGACUUAGAGGACCUGGGCCUUGCGAAGCCGCCCCGCCCCACAGUCCCUGUGGCUACUAAGAGGAAGCGCGUGCUCUGGGAGAGCCAGGAGGACUCGCAGGACCUGGAGCUGACUGUGCCCUGGCAGGAGAUCUUGGGGCAGCCCCCUGCCCUCGGGACGACCCAGGAGGAGUGGCUGGUGUGGCUGCGCUUCCACAAGAAGAAGUGGCAGCUGCAGGCCCGGCAGCGCCUGGCGCGCAAGAAGAGGCGGCGUCUGGAGGUGGUGGAGGGCACUCCGCGGCCCGUGCGCAGCGGGCCUGCCACUGGGCUGGGGGGCUUCUUGCAACGGACGGCUCGCAGCAUCCUGGACCUGCCCUGGCAGAUAGUUCAGAUCAGCGAGACCAGCCAGGCCGGCCUCUUCAGGCUGUGGGCCAUCAUCGGCAGUGACCUGCACUGCAUCCGCCUUACUAUCCCCCGCCUGUUCUACGUGAACCAGCGGGUGGCGAAGGCUGAGGAGGGCGCGUCCUAUCGCAAGGUGAACCGAGUCCUGCCCCGUGCCGGCCUGGCCCACCACCUCUACGAGUACUCGGUACCCGAGGACUUGUACCAGGAGCACGUCAAUGAGAUCAGCGCUGAGCUGGCGGCCCCCGAUGUGGAGGGCGUGUAUGAGACACAGGUCCCCCUGCUGUUUCGGGCUCUGGUGCAGCUGGGCUGCGUGUGUGUGGUCAACAAGCAGCUGGUGCGACAGCUCUCAGACCGGGAGGCAGAGACCUUCUCCCUGGAGCACCUGGAGAUGCGCUCACUGGCCCAGUUCAGCUACCUGGAGCCAGGGAGCAUCCGCCAUAUCUACCUGUACCACCACGCCCAGGGCCCCCGGGCAUUGUUCGGGGUCUUCGUGCCCUCACAGCGCAGGGCGUCCGUGUUUGUGCUGGACACCGUGCGGAGCAACCAGAUGCCUGGCCUGGGCGCCCUGUAUGCAGCCGAGCAUGGCCUCCUACUGGAGAAGGUGGGCCCCGAGCUCCUGCCCCCGCCUCGGCACACCUUCGAGGUCCGCGCUGAGACCGACUUGAAGACCAUCUGCAGGGCCAUCCAACGCUUCCUGCUGGCCUACAAGGAGGAGCGCCGCGGUCCCACGCUGGUGGCCGUGCAGUCCAGCUGGGUGCUGAGGCGGCUGACCGGGGAGGUGCCCAUCCUGGAGGAGUUCCCGCUGGUGCCCCUGCGCGUGGCCGACAAGAUCAGCUACGGAGUCUUGGACUGGCAGCGCCACGGGGCUCGGCGCAUGAUACGCCACUACCUCAACCUGGACACCUGCCUGUCGCAGGCCUUCGAGAUGAGCAGGUACUUCCACAUCCCCGUUGGGAACCUGCCCGAGGACAUCUCCACCUUUGGCUCCGACCUCUUCUUUGCUCGCCACCUCCAGCGCCACAACCACCUGCUCUGGCUGUCCCCCACGUCACGCCCCGACCUGGGGGGGAAGGAGGCGGACGACAACCGGCUGCUCAUGGAGCUGGAGGACCAGGUCCCCAUGGAGAUCAACAGUCCUGGCUGCUACUCCACGGUGUGCGUGGAGCUGGACAUCCAGAACCUGGCGGUGAACACCAUCCUGCAGUCACACCACGUCCAUGACAUGGAGGGCGCCGGCAGCGUGGGCGUCAGCUUCAGCGUGGUCCCCCAGGCCUCCCUGGAGGACAUGAUCUCAGGCGUGCAGGCUGCCAGCACCCUGGCCAGCUACGACGAGACGGCACUCUGCUCUGGCACCUUCCGGGUCCUGAAGAGCAUGGUGGUGGGCUGGGUGAGGGAGAUCACACAGCACCACAACAUCUACGCGGACAACCAGGUGAUGCACUUUUACCGCUGGCUGCGCUCCCCUGGCUCCCUGCUGCACGACCCUGCCCUGCACCGCACGCUUCAUGGCCUGAUGAAGAAGCUCUUCCUGCAGCUCAUUGCCGAGUUCAAGCGCCUGGGCUCAUCAGUCGUUUAUGCCAACUUCCACCGCAUCAUCCUCUGCACCAAGAAGCGGCGGAUCGAUGACGCCCUGGCCUAUGUGGACUACAUCACCAGCAGCAUCCACUCUAAAGAGAUCUUCCAUUCCUUGACAAUUUCUUUCUCACGAUGCUGGGAGUUUCUUCUCUGGAUGGACCCCUGUAACUACGGUGGAAUCAAAGGAAACGUUUCCUCCAGUGUCCACUGUGGACAGCAAGAGUCCCCAAAAGGGGGCAGCGUGGAGGAGGAGGAGGAGCAGCAGCAGCCCCAGGAGGAGGAGGAGGACGCACCCGAGCCGGAUGUGGAGGACCUGCUGGAGAACAACUGGAACAUCCUGCAGUUCCUGCCCCAGGCGGCCUCCUGCCAGAGCUACUUCCUCAUGAUCGUUUCAGCCUACGUGGUGGCCGUUUACCACAGCAUGAAGGAGGAGCUGCGGCGCAGUGCCCCGGGGAGCACCCCCGUGAGGAGGAGGGGUGCCAGUCAGCUCUCCCAGGAGGCCCAGGAGGCGGCCGGAGCCCUGCCUGGUAUGAUCACCUUCUCCCAAGAAUACGUGGCGAACGAGCUCACUCAGAGCUUCUUCACCAUCACCCAGAAGAUCCAGAAGAAAGUCACGGGCUCGCGGAGCUCCACUGAGCUCUCGGAGAUGUUCCCUGUCCUGCCCGGCUCGCACCUCGUGCUCAGCAACCCCGCGCUGGAAUUCGUCAAAUACGUGUGCAAGGUCCUGUCUCUGGACACAAACAUCACAAACCAGGUCAACAAACUGAAGCGGGACCUGCUCCGCCUGGUGGGCGUGGGCGAGUUCUCGCCAGAGGCCCAGUUCCGAGACCCCUGCCGCUCCUGCGUGCUCCCCGAGGUCAUCUGUCCCAGCUGCAACUUCUGCCGCGACCUGGACCUGUGCACACACCCCUCCUCCUGCCAGGAUGGCGCCGGCCCGCCCCGGUGGCUCUGCUUCAACUGCCAAGUGGCCUACGACUCGGCGGUCAUUGAGGCAGCCCUGGUGGAGGCCCUACAGAAGAAGCUGAUGGCUUUCGCCCUGCAGGACCUGGCCUGCCGGAAGUGCCGCGGCGUGAAGGAGGCCAACAUGCCGCUGCACUGCAGCUGCGCCGGGGACUUCAACCUCACCGUCCAAACCCAGGUCUUCAUGGAGCAGGUGGGAACCUUCCGGAACAUAGCCCAGCACUUCGGCAUGUCGUAUCUCCAGGAGACCCUGGGCUGGCUGCUGCACACGCACCCCCAGCAAGGCUGUUAGCAGCCGGGGGCCCUUCCUGCCCGGCCCCCGAUCGGCAGGGGUGGUCUGCCCGGAUGCGGACUCAGGAGCUCCAGGGCAGUUGUGCCCAGGGGUGCAGGCAAGACUCCAGCCUCUUGGGAUGCCUGUGAAAGUCUCUGGGCUGUGCCCCUCGCCCUCUCCUCCAUCAGCCUCAGGCGCCCGGGCCGUGGAGCCCAACCCCAAGGGUGGGCGCAGGCCAGACUGGUCCCUGUGUUGGGGUGCAGGCCCCACGGAGAAGCACGUGUCAUGCCGGCAGGAUGGGGCCCAUGUCUGGUAAUGCAGGCCCAGGCUCCUUAGGAGCCCAGGCGUCUGUCCUGCAGCAAGCCCUGCCCGAGCCUGGGGUGGGGGGCAGCGUCUGUGGUCUGGGACAUGGUGGCUGGGAGCCCUGGGCGGAUGGGCCACCCCAGGUGCCCCCGUGAGCCUGGCCUGUGGGGCUGGGGUGUGGGCCGCAGCCAGUCACGGGUUUUUGUACAUCAGCACCUGGACCUCAGGAAAUGGCUUCCUCACAUGCUGGACUCCGGGUUCUU